UGGUUUGGUCCGGAUUCGCAGCAUCUUCAAUGUCACAUUUGUUGUGUGUAAACUUGUUCAGUUUCUGACUGCACAUGUGUAUAUAAUUAUAUGUAACAUGUAUAAAUUCAGUUGUAUGUUAGUUAGUUCAGUCAACACUGUAUGCCGACAAGUAGCUGCCUCUCUGAAUACAAACGGAAUCUCUCUAUAUGGAAGCAGUGGGCUUCAGAGGACAUUAUGUAGCAGUGCUGUCAGAUUUCAAGAGACCGCAGCAUCCAAAGCCGACUCUGGGAAAGACUUCAGCUCCUUCCCUCCCAUGCCUGGUCAGGACAGUCCACUGAGAUGGGGUGGGAAGAAGUUCGAAGAGUUGCCCAUCCUUCACAUUAAAGCCACAUACAACAACACACACAUCCAGCUAACAGACUGCACGGGUCAGUCUUUGGUGAGGACGUCCUGCGGCACAGAAGGAUUCAAGCACACCAAGAAGUCAACGCCCAUCGCUGCUCAGACUACAGGCAUCUCUGCUGCCGCGAAAGCCACAGCAAAGGGAGUCACGUUUGUCCGUGUCGUGGUCAAAGGUCUCGGUCCUGGACGUCUGUCUGCAAUCAAAGGCCUGACGAUGGGCGGCCUGGAGGUGGUAUCGAUCACUGACAACACCCCCGUGCCGCACAAUGGAUGCCGCCCUCGCAAAGCCAGAAGGGUGUGAUCUCUGCGUGCCAGAAUGCGCUGCAACAGGAGAAUACUGUUGUGUUGUAUAUGCUAAUAAAGUGUUUCCUUGUGUAA